UAAGAGGUGUCUGUCUGUCUCUGGGCCUUUUAAGCAUGCCUCACACUCAGGAAUCUUUCUCGAACCCUACGUUAACUAACGAGGACACAUCCUCGGGAAAUCUUCGGGCUUCUAAGAAAAUGCCAUGUAAGAACCCAACUCACCUUACUCAGCAACAGGAACCCUGGAAUCGGCUCAGCUCAACUCCCACCAUCACCUCCAUGAGGCGAGAGGCCUAUUUUUUUGAUCCCAAGAUACCAAAGGAUGACCUGGAUUUCCGCUUAGCAGCCUUGUAUGACCACCAUACUGGGGCAUUCAAGAACAAAAAUGAGAUAGUGUUACAUAAGGAGACCACCCAGGAAACCCAUGGAAGCAAGAUCCAGUUUCCUGGAGAAUGUUUACACCUUCCUCCUUUAGGCCCCAUCUCUUCCUGGGCUAACAUCAGACAAUGGAUCAACCCUAAGAAGGAGUCUAUCCACAGCAUCCAGGGAUCCAUAGUGUCUCCUCACACGGCAGCCACGAAUGGAGGUUAUUCCCGAAAAAACAAUGGUGGCUUCUUCUCCACCUAGUGGAGACAACUGGACUAAUUUAACCAUAGUGGAACAUCUGACUGCUCAUCUUCAUUAAAUAGUUUGUUCAA